AUGUCUUCACACAAGGAACAUCAGGACGAACGCGCUUAUGUCGAACGCGGGAUACAGACCGAGCCAUCCCCGAACGCCGCACAGUACAACACGUCCGGAAUUCCAUUGACUCUGGAAAGCAACAACUGCGACUGUUUCUGUCAUGGUAAACGUCAAAUUAGCGCCAAUCCUGACGUUGGCGAGUUGCAUGUUCAAAAGAUCGGCGGCGACAAACCCUCGGCCAUCGCCCGACCGAGUCAAUUGCCUCGCAUCCCACAACGCGCUUCGAACAGGGUGGUCUCUUUACCUGAACUAGGCGAGUCUCGGGACGGUCCUGCUAUUAUCCAACCUCGCGUGGUCUCGUUACCUGGCUUCUUACGCGACUUGUCUCCGGAGAGCGACGAGGACCCUUUGGACGCUUUUUCUUUCGAUUCUGGCUCUGGGGACCCUUUCUCUUUGGGCGAUUAUCUGGGUUCUCGAAAUGGGGCUCCUGUCUGUCUUCCUCGAACUCCACCACCGCCUCCUGACUUUGGUCAAGAUAACUGGGCGUUGUGGACGACUUCGCCGCCUAAACCUAUCCCAGCUUUACAUGGUCCACUCUCCCUGCCUUAUGCUCGGUGUCCAUCGGGCGCAGAAGGGACGAUCAUUGAGGGUGACCAACCCUCUACGAUGAUUUGGGGACUCGAUCCUGUCGAACACUCCCAAGCUGGUAGUGGCGAAGCUCCUCUAGGGCAGGAAUCUCGCCAUCCUCAAACACAGAUGGGCUCAUUUCCGUAUCGAAGGCAUCAACGCGAGAGGCCUAACUUGGCUUCUGGAGCUCAAGAUCACCCUUCCUGGAACCGACCUACGGUCAUAGGCAUUACUAGGCAGAUGGAGACCGUCAGCGUCCAAAACCAACGCUCGAGCCAGUCAUCCUCCGAUUCGAGUAGUGCUUUGCCUCGGACAGUCAUGCGGAACCCACGGGAGAGUGCUGAGGCUCUCGCUGGCCUGGGAAUUGGCUCUGAAGUGAAUACGAGGCGCCUGAAGCAGCUACAAUAUGCCGCUUUGGGUCGCUCGCCGCAGCAACUGGUAUCGAGUUUCUCUCCAUUCCAGACCCAGAACCCUUUCGAGAUUCCCGCUCCUGAAGUUAUCCCUGACCGUAUUUCUGUCCGCCAAUCUCUUCGCGAUCACUACGAGAGUCCGACUUUCCUGACUCCUCCUCUGACCGUUUCUCCUUGGACGCCUCAGUUGCCCCUGACUCCGGGAACGCCUCUCACUCCCGAUAUCGAUGUAGCUUUCGCGGGACAGAAGCCCGUUACUUUGGGACUUUUGCAGCUGCAGUCUCUGGCGAGUGUGGGCAACGAAUAUUCACCUGUGGUUCACUCCCAGGAAUUCUUGAACGUUCAGUUCCAGUUUUCGAAGGAUCACGACGUGCCUAGCGACCCUCCUAAGCCGGCAACAAGCAACGCGCCGCACAGUUUAAGUCGCCAUCAACGCCUGGCCAGUCUAUUUGAAGGAUCCUUCCCAACAACAAGCACUCGUCGCAUUGGUCCUGUCGAGAAUAAAUUGGCAAACCACCGACGAAGCCUCUCUGUACAAGAACCUCGGUCUGUUCCCCUGGCACGACUUUUGCAAAAGCAGCUGGCUACUGUUCUGGAAGAGGACCACGGUCCAAUCGCAAGAGGGUCUAGUGUUCGGUAUUCUCGUAAUCCUCCGUCGUCAGCAGGCUUACCGUCACGGGGACAGCCUCGGGUAGCAGGAGGAGAUCGUUCCAGCCAUCUUGACGUUCGUCAAUCGGAGAAUCCGGAACAGUCAAACCGGGCCACACGAGGGUUACACGGCAAGUCGUCGCCAGGACUUGAUACUUUCUCGAUUAGCAAUUAA